GUAACACCCUGGUAGCCGCACCAGCAACUACCGAUGGCCAUUAAAACUCGGAAAAUGUUUAAGACAGACGUGAACUCGCUCUGAAAUUCUAUGUCCUCAUCGACUCCAUCGACAUGCCCUCCGAUAUCAAAGAAAACAAUGUUCACGUCGAGAAUCUGCCCCCGAAAGGGGAGCAUAUUGUUGACGAGUCGCGUCUCGAUACCGACAUUCACUUGAAUGCGGCAAUACAAGCGGAGGUCGACAAAGAUGAGCAGCGUGUUAAAAAAAUCAUUCGCAGGGUUGAUUUUCGGCUAGUGCCUAUCCUAGGGUUGCUGUACAUGUGGGCGCUGAUUGAUCGAGUCAACCUUCCUGUCAUUCAAAUAGCUGGAAUGCGGAAGGAGCUCGGUACCGAUCAAGGAAACCGAUACACUUUAAUAACAAUGAUCUUCUUCGUCACGUACAUCACUUUUGAUUAUCCGUCCAACAUAUUUCUGCGAAAGCUUGGGCCAGCAAAGUGGCUUGGUCUAAUUGGCACUUGCUGGGGAUGCCUUACUAUCGCAAUGGGAUUCUGCCAAUCCUGGAAGACGGUGCUCCUAUGCAGAGCAAUUUUUGGUGCAUUUGAAGCUGGGAUGGCCCCUGGUUGUGUCUACCUACUCUCCUGUUGGUAUACAAGAUAUGAAGUACAGAAGCGAUUUGCAGCGUGGGCGUGCAUCGGGGUUUUCGGGUCGGGUCUCUCCAGUCUCCUUGCAUACGGCAUUACCACAAUGGGCACUUAUCGAGGCUUCCACGCGUGGAGAUGGAUAUUCAUAAUUGAGGGGAUUAUUAGCGCGUCUAUUGGCAUCCUCGCAGCGAUCAUCUUGAUCGAUUUUCCCGACCGAGCGGCUCGUCCAGGGUUGUUCCUGAGAAAAGGGUUCCUCACUGCAGAGGAAGCUUCUAUUGUUCUCGCAAGAGUUGAGCGAGAUAGAGCGGACGCAGUCCCUGAGCAAUUCACUGCUAGAAAUAUCCUUCGAGCGUUGAGUGAUUGGAAAAUGUGGCAAUUUCCGUUCCUCCUCUUCUGCAAUAAUCUCACUGUCUAUUCAUUUUCUUAUUUCCUUCCCAUCAUCCUUCAAGGUUCUAUGCACUACUCGGCGAAAAUGACAUACAUCCUAAAUGUCCCGCCGUAUGUUUUUGCGGCUUUUUGGAUGUUCGGGGCCGGCUACCUCAAUGACAGGGUCAAAAUGCGAGGACCGACACUUGUGAUUCAAGCACUCAUCAUUAUCAUGGGCGCGAGUCUCAUGGCUUUCGCCAAAAACCCCGGUGCCCGCUACUUCGGCGUCUUCGUCGCGGUUGGAGGAACGAAUUCAAACAUCCCAACUAUUUAUGGCUACCAGCACAACAACAUUACGGGUCAAACGAAGCGUGCUCUUGCGACAGCGAUGCUUCUGAUGGGUGGUGGAUGUGGAGGCAUCGUGGCCUCCUUUGUAUUUCGUCAAAAGGACGCUCCCAACUACCUCCCCGGAAUGAUCACUGUCAUUGUGUCCCAAGUGCUUACGGUUCUGCUGGUUUCGAUGAAUUUUGUCUACUUCUUGUAUCGGAAUCGGAAGGCUGAUCGGGGAGAGGCAAUACUGGAGAAUACUCCAGGAUUUCGUUAUACAUACUGA